AUGAAACCACCAACUUCCCUAGGUGACAUUGAGCCGUUCAAGGCAAAAACAUGGCUACUUGAGAUGGAAAAAUUAUUCGAGGUCUUUCCCUGCUCUGAGACUCAAAAGGUUCUGUUGGCCACCUAUACCUUAAAGGCUGAAGCCUGUAGAUGGUGGUUGCUAGUUCGGAGUAGUAAUGAGAACAUGACAUGGGCUCAAUUUAAUGUAAUCUUCUAUGACAAGUAUUUUCCACAGUGUUUUCGGGACCGAAAGGUUUCAGAAUUUCAAGAACUCAAGCAAGGCAGAAUGUCCGUAGCUGAGUACGAGGCUAAGUUCACUGAGUUAGCUAGAUUUGCUGCUCACAUGGUGGACACGGACUAUAAGAAAACCCGCAAAGUUGAGGGUGGAUUGGAUUUAGACAUAUUAGAUCGAGUAGGAGUCCUUAACCUACCUACGUAUGUAAAUGUGCUGGAUAGGGCAUUCAUAGCAGAAGCCAUUUUGGCAGCAAAGAAACAAGCUCUUGUCCCAACAAGUGAAUGGUAG